AUGUUGACAGGUGGUGUACCCAGAUUAAUUUGUUAUGCAUUGGAAUAUGUCCAUUCAAACACAGUAAACACUCUUGAAAGCAAGGAAUUAAUCAAACAUAUCAAUGAACGAGGAAAAAGCAACCAAUUCAUCCCAUUACUCAACGCCAAAUCUACAACAGAUCAACGAUUGAUGUAUCUUGAAUUGGUUAGACUUUUUAUCUUGAAUAUAAAGAUUCCAAUUUCUUGUACUCAAAAAAUUGAUCCACGCCAAUGGUUUAUAACUUCAGAGGAGUCAGAACAACCAAUCGAGUAUGUUUUUGCCGAUGUAAUUCAGUUUUAUCACAUAUAUAUAAAACCACAUCCAACAGAUCUAAAUAUAGCUUUCCUCAACUUUCCUAGAAUCACCAUCGAUCACCUACUAGGCACAAUCACUGACCCAAAAGAAAAGAGUAGGCUGAUGAUUGCAGAAGACUCGUUAUUCUCCAAAUCUAUCAGGAUCACCGGUGAAGCAUUGGAGAAAUCUUUAGCAAGUUCAGUCUGCCAAAGAAUUUUAGACGAAUCAGAAUUAAAUUUCCCCUUUCUUCAAGGUAUAAAGAUACAUAACAAAUAUGCUGAACAUGUGUUUAGAUUCUUCCCUAUUUUUACCAACAGAAAAGAUUUUGGCAGUUUUGACAUGAAAAUGGUGAACCACCUUAUGGAACAACCAUUAGAAGGAGACAAGGGAAUUAUGGUCCACACAAAUUCAUUUAAAGAUGUUUGGGGACAGGCCAAAGUGAAUACAUUGUAUAAAUGUGGCUCAAAGUCCGAAUCUUCUGAUUUUUAUAUCAAAUUGUCUCAAACAAAAGGUAAAGAAAUAAUAUUUGAUUCCAAGGAAAUUGCAACGUUUAUUUCUCCAUCAACACCCUUUCCAAAAAAACUUCUUGCUGGUAAAAAAGAAGAUGCAUCAAAAGAACAAAGUAAUCCCAGCAAAAAAAAGAGAAAACAAAGCGACGAAUCUCCACUUCCUCAUGUCCCAGAUAAUAUCGAUCUGGUUAUUCUGAAUGACGAUGGAUUAAAACUUCUGUUAGGCUUCCCAUUGUACGAAAAGCUGUGUAGUGGCCCCACUAGUUACCUUAUGGUUCAAGGUCCUCUCACAAACACUUCUUUAUCAACCGCAUCAACCCCAUCAAUCACAUCAACCACAUCAACCACAUCAGCCAUGUUCAUCAAUUAG